CAGCUUCAUGUUUCAACACUCCUGAUCCGGAUCUCCUCUGGUCGCCUUUAAACUCUCUCCUCUCCUCCCUCUCGGCUCCUUUUGGACGACCGAAGAAAGAAAUGACUUCACAGCGGAGGAUUUAUUAGUUCUUGGUUGUCUUUGAAACUCUUUAAAAAAAUAAAAAAUAAAAACCCACCUGAACCUGAACCUGAACCCGAAGUGAACCGAGUCUGGUCACCAUGAGAAGUCGGAGCAACUCGGGCGUUAAACUGGACAACUAUGCCCGGAUGGUGCAGCAAACGAUCCUGAGACACCAAGAUCCAGUGACGGGUCUUCUCCCAGGCAGCUCGGAUCAGAAUCAUUCCUGGGUCAGAGACAAUGUUUACAGCGUCAUGUCCGUGUGGGCCCUCAGUCUGGCCUACAGGAAGAACGCCGACAGGGACGAAGAUAAGGCCAAAGCCUACGAACUGGAGCAGAGUGUGGUGAAGCUAAUGAGAGGCAUCCUCCAGUGCAUAAUGAGGCAGCUGGAUAAAGUGGAGAAGUUUAAAUACAGCAGAAGUACCUCAGACUCACUCCACGCCAAGUACGACACCAGGACCUGUGCCCCUUGUGUCAGGGACGACCAGUGGGGUCACCUACAGGUCGACGCCACCUCGCUCUUCCUGCUCUUCCUCGCUCAGAUGACGGCAGCUGGUCUCCACAUCGUCUACACCCAAGAUGAAGUGGACGUAAUUCAGAACCUCAUGUUCUACAUCGAGGCAGCAUACAAAGUGGCCGAUUACGGGAUGUGGGAACGAGGAGACAAAACCAACCAGGGCAUCACUGAAAUCAACGCCAGCUCUAUAGGCAUGGCCAAGGCAGCUCUGGAGGCUCUGGAUGACCUCAACCUGUUUGGGGCAAAAGGAGGACCAGGAUCUGUGGUCCACGCCUUGGCUGAUGACAUACAGCACUGCCAGUCCAUCCUGACGUCCAUGUUACCCAGAGCGUCCAUGUCCAAAGAGGUGGACGCCGGAGUCCUGGCUAUCAUCUCGUACCCGGCCUUCGCUGUGGAGGACAUGAGCAUCGUCAACAUGACCAAGGAGGAGAUCAUUUCCAAACUGCAGGGUCGAUACGGCUGCUGCAGGUUCCUCAGAGACGGACACAAAACCCCAAAAGAGGAUCCAAACCGUCUUUAUUACGAGUCCGCGGAGCUGAAGCUGUUUGAAAACAUCGAGUGUGAGUGGCCGCUGUUCUGGACCUACCUCAUACUGGACGGCAUCUUCAUCAACAGCCCCGAACAGGUGCAGGAGUACCAGGAGGCUCUGGAGGGCAUCCUGAUCAAACAGAAAGACGGGAUUCGACUGGUGCCGGAGCUCUACAGCGUCCCUCCAGAUAAGGUGGAGGAGGAGUACAUGAACCCUCACUCUGUGGAGAGGAUCCCGAUGGGGAAAUGUCCUCUGAAAUGGGGACAGUCUCUCUACAUCCUGGGAAACCUUUUGUCCGAGGGAUUUCUCGCCCCGGGAGAGAUCGACCCCCUUAACCGACGUUUCUCCACAAUCCCCAAACCCGAUGUGGUUGUACAGGUGUCAGUUCUAGCAGAGACCGAGGAGAUCAAAGAGCUGCUGUUGAAGAACGGCAUCGACGUGGAGACCGUUGCGGACAUCCAUCCCAUCCACGUGCAGCCGUCCAGAGUCCUCAGCCACAUCUACGCCCGACUUGGUCGUAACCCGAGGCUGGGUCUGACGGGACGACCCUACAGGAGAAUAGGAGUCCUGGGAACCUCCAAAUUCUACAUCAUCAGAAACACCAUAUUCUCUUUCACACCUCAGUUCAUCGACCACCAGCAGUUCUACUUGGCGUUGGACAACAAAAUGAUCGUUGAGAUGCUGAGGACAGAAAUCGCCUACCUCUCGUCUAGGUGGAGGAUGACCGGACGACCCACCGUCACGUUUCCCAUUUCACAAUCGAUGUUGACUGAAAACCACACAAACCUGGACCCUGCAGUCGUGGCCACACUGAAGAAGCUGCAGGACGGAUAUUACGGAGGAGCGAGGAUCCAGACGGGAAAGCUGUCGGAGUUCUUGACCACUUCCUGUUUCGCUCACCUGAGCUUCCUGGACGGUAAGGCUUCUGGCAGCAUGAGCCGCCACGACGAAGAGUAUGGUGAUGAUGAGCGUGACGGCGAUGGAUACGUGCAUGAGUUACGUUGUGAUGAUGAGGCCGACGACCUCGCCCAGUACCUGGACCACCUGUUGGCUCACUCUGCCCCCAAGAAGCCCAAACGGCAGGUCGGAGGUCUGGGGAGGUUCAAGGCCGCGGCCACCAAAACCAAGGAUAUGGUGUCUCUCAUGAACAAGGCUCAUGACCUCGACAUACACAAUGUCAACAUGUACCUGCCCAGUAAACUGUUUCGCUCCACUCAGCCGUCCCUCAAUUUGAACCUCCCAGAGCCCGCUGCGCCGCAAGCAGCUCAGGGUCCGGAGGUGUCGGUCACAAUGGAGAGCAGCAUCCCCAGAGAUGCCAGCGGCGCCAUCGACUACAGCGCUUUGGCCCAGCUGCUGAAAGACACUCAGUGUCUCCAGGACCAGGCCGAUAUUCUCUACAUCCUCUUCAAAGACAAGGGGAUGGACUGGGACACUCAUCUGCACGGUAAAGGCUCCACGGUGAGAUCUCUGCUGUCCGACCUUUACGAGAAGGCGGGUGAACUCAAACACUGGAGCCUCAUCAGGAUGAUCUCCGGCAUGCUGAAGAAGAAGGUGGAGGAGCUCGACUCGGCCUGCUCCGAUCUGCUGGCGCACCAGAAGCACCUGACGGUGGGUCUGCCUCCCGAGCCAAGAGAGAAAACCAUCACCGCUCCCAUACCUCCAGACCAGCUGGCCGCCGUCAUCGACGAGGCCAGCGACAGCAACAUCAGCGUGGCCAUACUGACUCAGGAGAUCAUGGUGUACCUGGCUAUGAGCAUAAGGACUCAGCCCAGCCUCUUCAGCGAGAUGUUCAGGCUCCGUAUCGGUCUCAUCAUCCAGGUCAUGGCCACCGAGCUCGCCCAUUCACUCAACUGCUCAGGAGAGGAAGCUACAGACAGCCUGAUGAGUCUCAGUCCAUCAGAACUGAAGAAUCUCCUCCACCACAUCCUCAGUGGGAAAGAGUUUGGAGUCCAGCGCAGCGUUAGAGAGCUGGACGCCGGCGUCAGUCCCGCCAUCUCCAUCCAUCACCUGGGCAACGUGGGCGCCACCAAGAGCGAGAGAGCCGGCAUCAGCAAACUGAAGAGCGACAUGAAGAUGGCGGAGCACAGGUUGUCUUUGACGGACCCCUUUAAGGACCCCAGGUUGUCUUUGACAGAGCCAGUUUCAGAGGAGAUGGAACGCAGGGUGUCUUUGGCCGACUCAGUUAAGCUCGACCAGUCAGUGACCUCCUUUCACAAGAGCAUGCGAUCUCAGUCUCUGGACAUAGAAAACCUUGAAUCUGGGAGGUACAGGCUGCCUUCCAUAGAAUCUCUGGACAUUCCGGAGAGCAUUCCAGUUGCCAAGGAUACAAGGCACGGCCAAUGGCUGCGCAGGAGGCGUCUGGACGGAGCGCUGAACAGAGUUCCGGUGGGGUUCUACCAGAAAGUCUGGAAGAUCCUGCAGAAGUGCCACGGUUUGUCCAUAGAAGGGUUCGUCCUCCCUUCUUCAACCACCAGAGAG